AUGGAGCAUGGCAUGAAGACCGAAGAAGGGGAAGUCACGCUCUACAGCUUGGAGCACCGAAAGUUCAUGCUAGUGGAAGGGAGUGCGGGGCAGCUGAAGGAACUUCCGCCAGACGAGACGGAGCGACUGAGCUCGGAUGUCGUGUUCUUGCAGCACGCCUUGAGGCUGGAGGAUGGUUCCAGCGAGGUGGUGCAAGUUGACAAGGACAUGCACUCCUUGUUCGUGAAAUUUCACAAGGUGGCAGGCACCACAUGGCAACUCUACCUCAUCAGGAUGAUCGGUGAGUAUUACGACUGCAGCUCGCUCUGCGGCGAUCCGGAUUGGGUCUGUGAGCAGAAAGCAGGGCCGAAUUCUCCCGAAGCUGCAAGCUGCAAAGGCCAAAGCGAAUCUUGGGCAGCUGUCCCUUUCUGCCAGGAUCCUCUCCCCCGCAGCUGCACGGCUCAUCCCAGCACCGAUGUCAUUCGCGAAGCAGUGUCAGGGCAGACAUUGGCAGUUACGAGCUCGGACCUGUCCGAUUUGCGGAACCUCUAUUCUGACGAGAAGCGCUUAGAGCUGCUUGCGAGAGUUUCGUGGGCUCGUAGUUGGUUGCCAUCCACCUUUCUCCACAAGCAUGUCAAGCUCACCACCAUCCUUCGCGAGCCGACAGAACGACUCCGUUCGUAUUACUAUUACGACAAUGUUUACUCGUCACGUGAAGGCUUUGGUGGAUUUCUUGCAUUCUGCAGGGACUAUGUCGCCGGCAAUUGGACGUUGGAGCAGUUUGAGCGUCAGAAGUCGUUCUUCAGAGGCGCCAAGUCCCUGGCGAUUUUGCGGCGGUCCUGCUGCGAGUAUGAGAGAUAUUUGGGUGAAGAAUCGCUGGAGAAAUCUUUGGUCACGCUCUCCACUAUGUUUGAUCUGGUUGGACUGCAGGAGAAAAUGGAUGAAUCCUUGGUAACAUUGGGCAGGUUGUAUGGCCUUACGCCGCCGGAGGUUGCAAAAAUUGGUCGAAGCGUGCCACCUGACUGCAACAGCAACAGUGACAAGCUGGACUGGACAGAGGAAGAACUGAGGCCGUCGUCGCCCAGGACUUUUCAGAUUCCACUGUUUCUGCAUGCAUACGCCGGUGAGCUGUCGGCCUUCGUUAUGGCGAUGGCUUGCCGAGAGGGUGAUACCGACUUUGAGGCUGCGAAGGCCUUGGAGAGCGCCUGGGCGUUAUUUGCAGAAGGCGCCGCAGGCUCCAGCAUCCCGGUGAAGCCUGCGCGCAGCAGGAACAAGAUCGUGUACCAAGCCCGGAGCGAUGAUGAGCUGGAACCAGACGAGAACUUGGAGAUCAUGGAGAUCACAUGUGUGACUCAGGUGAGCGAGAGCUCAGCAUCAUUUGCUCGCAGUGAUCUACAGGAAGAGGAUAUCGAGCCGAUGUCUGUCACAACGCUGGUGAUCUCACAAAUUCCCGAGUACGUAGAUGCAGAUGUCUUCCGGACCCAACUGGACAGGUGGGGAUUCCAUGGUUCGUACGACUUCCUGUACAUGCCCCCGGAAUCAGCGUGUUGGAGCGGCAAAUGCGCGUUCGUGAAUUUUGUGGAUCAGGGGGCCGCCAGCUCAUGCUCAAGCUACUUCCAGCAGUGCCCAGCUGCAGGUGCAGCUGAGCCUUACUACAUCCAGGGCUUGGAGAACAUUGUCGCCCACUUCAGCCAGCUCGCGGGUGCUAGCAAUAUGGUACCUGCGAUGGCAUCGCUGCCUGCGCCACCUUGGGCCCUUGCACAGGUGACGGAGGACAGGCGGCCGUGCAAGGCCUCUCCUCAGAUCCGGGGCCAGUUUCACAAGACCAAGAUGUGCUCUUUCCACCUGGAGAGCAGGUGCACUGUGGGGCGAGCAUGCCCCUAUGCGCAUUCCAAAGAAGAGCUCAACUCUCCUCCGGACCUCUCUAAAACAAAGCUUUGUGUCGACUUCAUGCGCAAGAAGUGCCACGAUGCCAGCUGCAGAUUUGCUCACGGGUUCGCGGAACUUCGCGCCACGUCUAGCAUCUACAAGACGAAUCUUUGCGAGAAGUGGUCAGCCGGCAGCUGCAAGGAAGAGUUGCGGACUGGCAUGCAGCCCAAUGCGGAUGACGCGCCACCGGAUGGCAAGCUGGCCGCUGAUGACGCGCCCUUGGAAGGAAGUCCGGCAGAAAACAACGACAUCGACAUGCGGGAUCAUGAGACGGUGCAGCAGCGCCCGGCAGCCUCCGAGGCGGGUCCCGUGCGACGCUGGGGGCGGGCGAAGCUGCAAAGCUGA